UGAGAAAUGGUUGUCAUAUGUAAGCAGGAAGAAAUUAAAAGAGGAUGCCAAUAGAGUCUCAGACAGAGCUGGCAGAACAAGGAGAGAUAGAUCUCCUGUUUAUGGUGGGAUCAGGAUGCAUAGGAAGGCCUUGGGAGCUUCCUUGGAUUGUUUGGCAACAUGAACUAGCAAGAAAGCAAGAGCAAAAGAGAAAACACACAGAUAUACCAUCUUUGUAGGAAGCAUUCCCUUGGUGAGGCAAGAAGUCAUGGCCCAGAAUCCAGCCCUGUUUCUUCCUUCCACAAUCUUGCAAAUAACUGAUCUGGGAGGAACUCACAUCAUUCAAAUAUAAAUAAUAAUAAAAGAAAUAAGCACAGUAUACAAAAAUGCUACAAGAAGAAAGGAGAAUCUAAACAGGGAAAAACAAGUGACAAAGAAUCCAUGAGAAACUAUCGGCCUAACAAAUUUAGUGAAACAAUCACUUUUAAAAAUUAGAGACAAAGUUCAUUGAUCUAAGAGGUAGGCAGAAGGAGUAAGAGAACAGUUUAUGGUGAAUUAUAAUCUGGCAAAGCUGAAAAAUAAAAUCAGAGAAAUAAAAGGCCACACUGAAAGCAAAAAGGAGAGUUAACAUUGUUGAAAACUCAGGAAAGGACAUGAUAACAGGCUUUUGAAAGUUGGACAAAGUGAAGAAGGAAUGAAGGUGUUGAAACAAGUGCUUAAUUGUAGUUCCGGAAAUAGAGUUUAACAUUAGAACAGAAAAAUAUUCAAACAUAUAAUGUAAGAAAACUUUGCACAAACAAAAGAAAUCUUAAUUCUACAGAUUGAUAGGGCACACAAUAAGGAAAAACUGAUAUACAAUCAUCAACAUAAUUACAUACUAGUUUUUUGAAAAUUGGGUUUCAAAGAAAUACCUUUUGUUCACGGAAAACAAGAUUAUCUUCUUAUCCAAAAAGAUGAAACCAACUGGGUUACUUUCAAAAGACAACCAAGUGAGCACCACAGACUAAUGAGUAGAAUCAAUAAGAACGUGAUUUUGGCGCUUUUAACUUUGACAAGUUCUGCGUUUCUGCUGUUUCAGUUGUACUACUACAAGCACUAUUUAUCAGCAAAGUUCAGCCAGUGGAAAACAUCCGAUGGAGACUGGAGACCGGGGAAAAGUGAGAAUGGAGCUGGUUUAUCAAAAUCCAAAGGAAGCCGAAUUGGAUUUGAUAGCAUACAAUGGCGUGCAGUUAAAAAAUUUAUUAUGCUAACAACCAGCCAAAAUGUACCUGUGUUCCUUAUUGAUCCUUUGGUUCUGGAAUUGAUUAAUAAAAACUUUGAACAAGUCAAAAAUACUUCUCAUGGCUCCACUUCAGAAUGCAACUUUUUCUGCGUUCCAAGAGACUUUACUGCAUUUGCCCUACAGUAUCACCUAUGGAAGAAUGAGGAAGGCUGGUUUCGGAUAGCUGAAAAUAUGGGAUUUCAGUGCCUAAAGAUUGAGAACAAAGAUCCCCGGCUAGAUGGAAUAGACUCACUUUCUGGAACUGAAAUCCCCCUGCACUACCUCUGCAAAUUGGCCACUCAUACCAUCCACUUGGUGGUCUUUCAUGAAAGGAGUGGCAACUACCUCUGGCAUGGCCAUCUACGACUCAAAGCCCACGUUGACAGGAAAUUUGUUCCUUUUCGAAAGUUGCAGUUUGGUCGGUAUCCAGGAGCUUUUGACAGGCCAGAGUUACAAGAAAUUACUGUUGAUGGACUAGAUGUUCUCAUUCCAAAAGAUCUAAUGCACUUUCUAGAAGAAAUACCACACUCUAGGUUUAUCGAGUGUAGGUAUAAAGAAGCUCGAGCAUUCUUUCAGCAAUACCUUGAUGACAACACUGUGGAAGCUAUGAUGUUUCGGAAGAGUGCAAAGGAAUUGUUGCAGCUCGCAGCCAAAACAUUGAAGAAAUUGGGAGUACAGUUCUGGCUGAGCAGUGGAACUUGUCUAGGAUGGUAUCGGCAGUGUGGUAUUAUUCCUUAUAGUAAAGAUGUUGACCUAGGAAUUUUUAUACAAGAUUACAAAUCUAAUAUGAUUUCAGCAUUUCAGGAUGCAGGACUUCCACUCAAACAUAAAUUUGGGAAGGUAGAAGACAGCUUGGAACUAUCUUUCCAAGGAAAAGACGAUGUGAAACUUGACAUUUUUUUCUUCUAUGAAGAGACUGACCAUGUGUGGAAUGGAGGCACUCAGGCCAAAACAGGAAAAAAAUUUAAAUACCUGUUUCCCAAGUUCACACUGUGCUGGACUGAGUUUGUAGACAUGAAGGUUCACGUGCCCUGUGAAACCAUCGAAUACAUUGAAGCCAACUAUGGUAAGACCUGGAAGAUUCCUGUGAAGACAUGGGACUGGAAGCGCUCUCCUCCCAAUGUGCAGCCCAAUGGAAUCUGGCCUAUUUCUGAGUGGGAUGAGGUUAUCCAGUUAUACUGAGACAGUAGGUUGAAACAGUAGGAUCCCCCUCCCGAAAAACAAGCGAUUACUAUUUAAAAAGAUGUAUGUCUGUUUGUCAAACAUAAGUAGAAGCCAAAGAAAAAUAGCAAGUUAAAAGACACAGAAAGAGUCCUAACUCCUGAGCCGUAUCUGAUUUAAUUCUCUCAUUUUACAUUUAUUAAGGAGUCUCCAUGUGCCAGAUACAUUGCUAGGUUACAGUGGGGAGCAGAGAUGAGUGAGACAGAGGCCUGCUUCUUUUUCUCCCUCCCUUUGGUAAGCACCCCAAUUUUCUUUUGCAAGAAACACUCUCAGCCUUUGAAGAGCUCAUAUAGAAUAUGAUGUGUUCUGUGAGCACUUUCAAAAUGUUGCUGCAUGUUGGACUGGAAGAUGGGCUUACGAAGUGAAGUGAAGCAAGGAUAUACUAGUUAAAAAGAAUAACUGUUCCGGUCUCAGCAUUUAAGCCUAUAUGGUAGUGCUACUUUUAAGGUUGUGGAGUUAAUAAUCAAGUGAUCAGACCUUAGGCAGCAUCAAGAAACAAUGCUAGCAGAUUCAUUUUAUAAGCAAUCUGAUAUGGAAUUGAUUUAGAGCACAGGGCAUCACCCUAUAAGAGAAUGAGAAGCUUAUUUCUGGCCUUGUCAAAGAUACCCGAAUUUCCAUAUACUUUUCUAUUUUUAUAUUUGAAGUAAAGAGAAAGCUUAUAUUUGUGCAAUGCUUAAAUUUCCAGCCAUUGUGAGACUCUUUUCACUGACUUCUGAUAGUACUUGUUGACAAAUCAUUCAAGUGAAACCUCGCUACUAGACAUGAUUUUGAAAAGGUUGUCAUUUCACAAAACUUCUUUAUUUCAUUCUCAACCAUCUGUUAAGUAAAAAUGUUAGCUCUUCAUGGACAUUUAAUAUUUUUUAUUUAUAAUCCUUUCACUCCUGAUUUUAACAUUAACGCUAACAUAUUAAUAGAAAUACCUCUAAUUCUCCUAAAUGUACUCUUCAGUGUAUUCAUUUAUUAAUUACAGCUCCACAGCUUUCAUUUAUGGCCUAUAAACCACUUUAAAUGGUACGUAAACCUGCCUCUUCCCUCUCCUCUUUUCUUAUUAUGAUGGGUGUUCAAACUGAAGAUAAAUGGCAAACCUGGCAACUGUUCCCCACCCAAGACCAUAGUGUUAGUAAAGUUUGUACCCAUUCUAGUUGUUUUAUCGGUUGAAUAUCGUUGAGGCAAGAACUCAGACUUGUGUACUAUAUCAAGUACAACACUCUGAAACCCUUCAAUUUCCUUUUUUCCUACAAGAUACAUCCCUGAGUGGGCUGGGAUGGCUCUGUCUCCUUCAUCUCUUUGUGGGUCACUUUAUAUAUUCUAAAUGAGAAGUAAAGGGAUAUGUAGGCACAAUAAGCACUGCUAUCUGUUUUUUUCUUUCUUUUUUCUUUUUUUUCUUUCUUUCUUUUUUUUUUUUUUUUUUGGCUAGGAAAGGAAGCUAAAUGUUACAUUUUAUCUAGGCUGUUUAGGACUACUUUCUGGACCAGAUUGGCAAAUUUUUCUCUGAAACUAGAGAAAAAUAGGGAUGUCAGAAACGGAUACCAGGCCUGAGGGAAUGGACUGACAGAGUUUUCUUAAAAGAAAGUUGGGGUAAUACGGUGGUUACCAGAGGGGAAGGUGUGUUGGAGGAGGAUGCAGUGGGUAAAGGGGGUCAGAUAUAUGGUGAUAGAAGGAGACUAGACUUUGGGUGGUGAGCACACAGUGGAAUAUACAGAUGUAUGUUAUAAAGUUGUACACCUGAAACUUAUGUUGUUAACCAAUAUUACCCCAAUACAUUUAAUUUUUAAAAAGUUGGUGAAAGUAACCUAUAACUACCCCACUCCAAAGUUUAAAAACAAUGAACACUUUUUUUGAUAAAUGAUAACCAAUGGCCUCUCUCUUAGGGUGAACUUUCCAAUGCCAUAAUCAUUGGGUCUUUUCAUAAAUAACAUAAUUAGGUUUUGGGGGACCUUUAUAAAUUACCAGUAAAUUGAUCUCCAAAUGACAGACCAUUGUAAUCAGCUUUCUCUUUGUUAGAAAAUCAGCCCAUAGAAAUCAUACCCAAAUUCUAAAUAGCCAAAUCUAAUUUUAUUUUUCAUGGUUGAAAAAAUAUAGUAGAUAAUAACAGUGUUCCUGGGCAAAAUCUACCCUGGUUAGUACGACCAUUUGCUUGUACUCAGCAUAUAGACGUGCAUACAUUCCACGUUUCUCCCCAUUUUAAAUUGGGACUGCCUCCGUUCUCUAGGGGCUCUCGCCCAUUCCUGUUUAGGUUAUUUCUCUUUAAUUGGUUCCUGGAGUCCAAGGUCUUGAAGUGCUCAAAAUCUAAGGUAUCUUGGCCCCAGUGGCUAAGGUUCCGUAUCCUUCCGUAC